AUGACGACUCAACGUCCCGUGUCUGAGCAAUUUAAUCUUCAACAAAAGCCGGGAUCUAAUCAACAAUACCGCCAGUCGGCAGAUUUAUCUCACCUAAGUCAACAACCGACAAAUAAUAGAAGCUCCCGUCCAACCUCCGAAAUAUUCUCCGCUAAUAAUCAUAAUACUUACCAAUCACCUGAAG